AAGAAGAAGAAACCACUACCUUCCCAGGAUCGCCUUUUUUUUUCCUUCCUUAUCUUUACGCGCGCGUGUGCGUGUGGCGCGUGUGCGCCCCUCGUCCCUUCCAUCCGAACCCGGUCUUGGAUGUUUAAUAAAGAAAUCAAGUGUCUCAACAGUCACAAAAAAAAAACAAAAAACCAAAAAAAUAUAUCCAAAAAAGCAAAAACAAAAAGAGAGAGAAAGAGAGGAAAAAAAUUCAAAACAAACAAACAAACAAGGCACAGCCAACCUCUACUUCAAACCAGCCUGCACAAGCCACCCGUGUCUGCCACCCAGGAGGGGGGUCGCUGGCCCGCGGUGGAGGAGUUGCAGGGGGGAUCGUCAGGGGGACAGAGGCCAAGACGCCCCAGGAGCCACCGGGCAGGAGACGGAGGAGACCCGGCAGGCGAGCGAGACCGCGGGCCCCGCGCGCGGCCGGGGCUGGGGCGCCAGAAGUGGGACUGGAGCGAAGUUGAGCGAUGCCAAGGAGGAAACAGCAGGCACCCAAGCGGGCGGCAGGCUACGCCCAGGAGGAGCAGCUGAAGGACCAGGAGGAGAUAAAAGAGGAAGAGGAAGAGGAGGAAGACAGCGGUUCUGUGGUUCAACUCCAGAGCAGCAAUGACCCCGGGACAGACGAGGAGCUAGACAUGGGCCCGGAGCCGAAGGGCUGCUUCAGCUACCAGAACUCCCCGGGCAGCCACUUGUCCAACCAGGAUGCGGAGAGCGAGUCUCUGCUGAGCGACGCCAGUGACCCCGUGUCCGAUGUCAAGAGCGUGUGCGGCCGGGAUGCCCCGGACAAGACAGCCGGCGCUCGGCCCAAGCUGCCCGGGGAAGCCCACAACUGCAUGGACAAAAUGACGGCCGUCUACGCCAACAUCUUGUCUGAUUCCUACUGGUCGGGCCUGGGCCUGGGCUUCAAGCUGUCCAACAGCGACAGGCGGCAUUGUGACACCCGAAAUGGCAGCAGCAAGACGGAUUUUGAUUGGCACCAAGACGCUCUGUCCAAAAGCCUGCAGCAGAACCUGCCCUCCAGGUCCGUGUCGAAGCCCAGCCUGUUCAGCUCGGUGCAGCUGUACCGGCAGAGCAGCAAGGCGUGCGGGAGCGUCUUCACCGGGGCCAGCAGGUUCCGCUGCCGCCAGUGCAGCGCCGCCUACGACACGCUGGUCGAGCUGACCGUGCAUAUGAACGAGACGGGCCACUACCAAGACGACAACCGCAAAAAGGACAAGCUGCGGCCCCUGAGCUACUCCAAGCCCCGCAAGCGAGCCUUCCAGGACAUGGACAAGGAGGACGCCCAGAAGGUGCUGAAGUGCAUGUUCUGUGGCGACUCUUUCGACUCCCUUCAGGAUUUGAGCGUCCACAUGAUCAAAACGAAACAUUACCAAAAAGUGCCUUUGAAGGAGCCAGUCCCCACCAUUUCAUCAAAAAUGGUCGCUCCGGCGAAGAAACGCGUCUUUGAUGUCAACCGGCCGUGUUCCCCGGACUCCACCACGGGGUCGUUCGCAGACUCGUUUUCGUCCCCGAAGAGCAGCAGCCUGCAGCUGUCCUCCAACAACCGCUACGGCUACCAGAACGGCGCCAGCUACACCUGGCAGUUCGAGGCCUGCAAGUCCCAGAUCCUAAAGUGCAUGGAGUGUGGGAGCUCCCACGACACCUUGCAGCAGCUCACCACCCACAUGAUGGUCACAGGUCACUUUCUCAAGGUCACCAGCUCUGCCUCCAAGAAAGGGAAGCAGCUGGUGUUAGACCCGCUGGCGGUGGAGAAAAUGCAGUCUUUGUCGGACGCGCCGAACAGUGAUCCUCUGGCUCCCAAGCCAUCAAGUAACUCAGCUUCCGACUGUGCAGCUUCCACGACUGAGAUAAAGAAGGAGAGUAAGAAAGAAAAGCCGGAGGAGGCCAACCAGGAGGAGAAAGCCGUGAAAAGCGAGGACUAUGGAGACCUUCUACAAAAGCCUUUAGACCCCACAAUGAAGUAUCAGUACCUGCGGGAGGAGGAUCUGGAAGACGGCUCCAAGGGUGGAGGGGACAUCCUGAAGUCACUGGAAAACACUGUCACCACCGCCAUCAACAAGGCCCAGAAUGGGGCUCCCAGCUGGAGCGCGUACCCCAGCAUCCACGCCGCCUACCAGCUGUCGGAGGGCACCAAGACCUCCUUGCCUCUGGGCUCCCAGGUGCUGCAGAUGCGGCCUAACCUCACCAACAAGUUGAGGCCGAUUGCUCCCAAGUGGAAAGUCAUGCCCCUGGUUUCCGUGCCCACGAACCUGGCCCCGUACACUCAAGUGAAGAAGGAGCCAGAAGACAGAGAGGAAAUGGUGAAGGAGUGUGGGAAGCAAAGUCCCCGCGAAGAGGCGUCAUCUUUCAGCCACAACGAGGGCGAGUCCUGCUCCAACAGCGAACCCCCUUCCGAAUCCAAAAAGGCUGAGCCUUGUCCCCCGAAGGAGGAGGACAAGCCGAUGAAAGAGGGCGGUGAGAAGGAGAAACCCCAGCCCCUGGAGCCCGCGUCUCCCCUCAGCAACGGGUGCGCCCUCGCCAACCACACGUCGGCCCUGCCGUGCAUCAACCCGCUCAGCGCGCUGCAGUCCGUCCUGAACAACCACCUGGGCAAAGCCACGGAGCCCCUGCGCUCCCCUUCCUGCUCCAGCCCCAGCUCAAGCACAAUCUCUAUGUUUCACAAGUCGAGUCUCGGUGUCAUGGACAAGCCGGCCUUGAGUCCUGCCACUGGGAGGCCGGCCAGCAUGUCCAGGCGCUACUUGUUUGAGAACAACGAUCAGCCCAUCGACCUGACCAAGUCCAAAAGCAAGAAAGCCGAGUCCUUGCAAGCACAAUCCUGCACGUCCCCGCCUCAGAAGCAUGCUCUGUCUGACAUCGCCGACAUGGUCAAAGUCCUCCCCAAAGCCACCACCCCGAAGCCCGCCGCUUCCUCCAGGGUCCCGCCCGUGAAGCUGGAAGUGGACGUCAGGCGCUUCGAGGACGUCUCCAGUGAAGUCUCGACGUUGCAUAAAAGAAAGGGCCGGCAGUCCAACUGGAACCCUCAGCACCUUCUGAUCCUGCAGGCUCAGUUUGCCUCCAGCCUCUUCCAGACAUCGGAGGGCAAGUACCUGCUGUCCGACCUGGGCCCCCAAGAGCGAAUGCAGAUCUCAAAGUUUACGGGACUCUCGAUGACCACCAUCAGCCACUGGCUGGCCAAUGUCAAGUACCAGCUUAGGAAAACGGGAGGGACGAAAUUUCUGAAAAACAUGGACAAAGGCCACCCCAUCUUUUAUUGUAGUGACUGUGCCUCCCAGUUCAGAACCCCUUCAACCUACAUCAGCCACUUAGAAUCUCACCUCGGUUUCCAAAUGAAGGACAUGACCCGCAUGGCCGUGGAGCAGCAAGGCAAGGUGGACCAAGAGAUCUCCCGGGUGUCGUCGGCUCAGAGGUCUCCGGAAACCAUAGCUGGCGAAGAGGACACAGACUCUAAGUUCAAGUGACAAAUGCCUUAGUUCCAGCUCUCCAGCCUGGAUCCCCUCACGCGGAGCCCUGGGUUGCACCACCCCCGCUUCUGACAUUGAACUCCUGGCGCCCUGCUCUCGGAAGAUUGCCCAAAAAACCCGCCCAGCCAUUUCUCUUCAUCCGCACUAACAAUUUGGUAAUGAAGUAUUGAUUUCCACUUCUCUGCUUAUGGACGAUAUUAGAUUUUCAUUGAUAAACUGCAGUGGGGCCGUCUCGUCUCCGUGGCCCCCUUUUCACUGUCACGAGGAAACAAAGUGCCCCCGAAGAAAAAUCACGCCCGAGAACACCGAUGGACUUAUUUUGUCCGUUUGUAACACUUGACGGGAAAGGGUGGUGGGGGGAGUCGAAGUCUCCAUAGCUUCAUGUCCAAGUGGGCUGCACGAGCUGUGGCCGCUGGGAAGCCGGCUUCUCCGGGUAAUGUCCGUUUCCUAUUUAUAACCCCCCUGGGAGCGUUUGUCUAAGGAAAUGUUUCUGUUCGGAGCAACAAUUACGGUUGCACCUGGAUUGCCCAGUCCUGCCCCUGCACUGGGGAGCCAUUCAUCACCGCAAAGUGGAAGAAUUAUUAAGUUAAACCAGACUUUGAGCCAAGGAAACCUCCGAACAAUGUUCGUCUUCUGUGAGAGCUGUUCAAACAGCCAGGCUUAACCGUGUGGCUGCCGGAGACGUGUUCCCACGCAGUGUGGGCAUCUCUACGGUCGUCACCUUCACUGGGUUAAACAAUAUUAGUUUUAAGCCUGUGCCACUGUCGGAGGAGCCUGCAGAUGGGGAGAAGGGGGAGCUCGGUGCGAGGCCCGCUCCGAGAGGAAGCAAGAAGCCGAGGUCACGGCCGGCUGGGAAGUUCAGCCGCAGCCUGGCCCGCCAUCUCUCCGGCAGGACGUUGUUUAUGGCUCUGAGGCGAGCUCGGCUUCAGAAGCAACGGAGAGCAUGAAAUAGGGUGUCCGUUUUAAAUGUGUUUCUGCAACUUUUUUCAUUAAAACUUUGAGGGCCCAAUUUUAAUUUGUGGAAUAUUCCCGUUAAUAAUGAGAUCUAAUUAAGACAUCCAUUAAAAGCCCGUUAAAGUUAAUUUAACGUAAAAAUUCCAAUAGAACUGUAUUAGAUUUUCUCCAUUAAAUUAACGUUAUGGAUUUUUAACGGAUGUCUUAAUUAUACGUUAUUAUUAACAGGAAUACUGUAUUACACAGAUUAAAAUCAGGUCUUGCGUCAACUUGGAAAAGCUACGAGUGUGUUUUAAUAUUAAAAGUCUUGCAUACCUAGUGCACACUCUGGAAAUGCAGGGGGUAGAUCUGUUUACUCGAGUUGAGCCUUUUCUAUACAACGGAAAGCAAGCACUAAUAGAGAAAUCCAUCAUUGCAUUUAAACAGUGAAUUUCCUUAUUCUCAAAGGACAACUAAGGCUGGAUUGUGUUGCAACCUGCUACUCAGCAAUAGGCGAUUCUUGGCACAACACAAAGAACUAGAUGAUUUUGAAACAGAAGGAAUAUUUUUGUUGUUGCUUUAAUGACCAAGGUUAUCACACACCAAAAAAAUCUCAACACCCACAAAAUGAAACCAAAUAUAUCCUCUUCACCAUUUCUCAUGGAGGCUGCCUGUUGAAUUGUUUUUGGAACUUUUGACAUGAUCCCUAAAUUCAACAUUGGGAUUUAAAAAAAAAAAAAAAACUUCUUAUUUACCUCCUAGGGAAAGUGUUGCCCUUAUGCCACAUAUAAUAGCAAAUUGCUUUUUUUAUGGCAUGCAUAACCUAGAUGGGGAAAAAUAUGGCGCUUCGGGGAAGGAGGGAAAAAGUAAAUGAAGUUCCAGGAAUGUCAUUCUGAAGUAAUGAGGCAUGGACAGAAAAUACAGCCCUCACAUCAUCGGAUUGAGAUGGCAGUCGAAAUAGCUUCAUUGAGGUGUCAGCACUCAUCCAUCAAUCAAUCACCCACAAGGAAAAAUCACAACAGUACAACGGGGCGGCUUUUAUGGGAUUUACUCAUGGGCAUAGGAAAUAGCGGCUCAAAUGUAGUUCUGACAUGAAAAGCAAGGUGCUGAUAUUAUUUUUUAUGAUGGGAGGAUCAUAAAGUGAAUUGAGAACAGCGAGGUCUGUCUUUGCUUAACCUAUUCAACCAGAAAUGAAUGGAGCUCAACCGGAAAGGAACAGUCUUUGGAUGGGUUAAGAUUGAAGGGUGGACUCUACUGAGCCCUGUCCUUCGACAACGAAAUUCUAUUAAAGGGAAAUCAGUGCAUUAGCAUGGAGGUUCUUGAAGCUGUGCAAAAUUGCCUGCUCCAACCCAGGGGUAUUCGAUAAAGUUUCAUAAUUCAGAUUCUGCCGCAACGUCCAAAAGCAAAAUCUUGAGCUCUUGUUCCAACCAGGGGGUGGGUGGAGGGGAACAAUGCAGUUCUCAGCUCCGUGGAAAUAGUCUCCCUUCUAAGAAAAAAAAUAAAUCAUCUGCUUCAACAUAUAAUCC